AUGAUAGAUUGUAUAGCAAGAAAGCAAACCCGUAUUGGUGAAUUGCUAGGAGAAAAGCUAGCCCUUCAGCUAAUAUAUCGAAGGUGCAAAGCUGAGGCUGACUUGUCAGAAUUCAAUCGCGCCUGGGAUAUCCCAGAUUUUCUUGUGAAACUAAGAUUAUACUUGCAAAACCAAGGUGUAGAUCCAGCAGAUAAUGCGGGAGGUCCACCAGCAGGAAGAGAAGUAGCAAUAGGAUAUUUAAGAGGCUGUAUGAGAGGAAGAGCUUUAGAAUGGUUUGACGAAGAGAUUACUACAAAACAGAAUUGGGAAUUAGCAAACUUACUUGAUAAUACAGGGCAGGCCAACUUAGUAGCUAUAAACGGGCGAACAGCAGUUCAAAUAGGAAAUCAAGCAUUGAAUGAGGCACUCGGCCAACCUGGUAAUACAAUAGUUAAAUUAAGAGCUGUAGAGGGUCCUUGGGAUGAAGAUUGGCACAUAGCAGGUGGUCGUCCUACUAACAUUGCUGUUAAUGCACCAAAUGCUAACAAUGGUACUACAGUAGUUGUAGCUAGCAUUCGUUUCGGUCAAGCCAUAUGGUGGCUAAAAACACACUUUCCUACAGUAGAAGAAGAACUUCGGGGUUUGAUGUAUGGAACAAUUGGAAAGGGGAAUAUGACUAUAGAUGGAUUAUAUAGAAAAAUAUUACGAAUAGGUAGACGAGCCAACUAUAGGCCCGAAGAAUUACGUAGAAAGUUCUUAGAUGCUCUUCCACUUCCAUGGCUUGAAAAAGCCGAGGAUAUCGACGAACAUCUGCCAUUGGAUGAAUUAGCUAAAAAGCUUUAUGAGAUAGAAUUACGCCGAAUAGCUAGACAUAAAAGAGAUAGAAUACCCGAUCUAUUAGUUUCUCAGCGAGCAUCUCGAGAAAUAUAUGAACCCUUACCCGUUUCAGCUCCUCAACAGCAAGGAAUUUCUUUAGAAGAUAUGCAAAAAGCAAUCCAAAACGCCCUGGCACAGCAAAAAACUGAAUACCAAUCUUUAUUAGAAAAGCAAAAAAACGAUUUUCAAUCACAAAUGGCCCAGCAAAGUGUUGCUCAAAAAGCACAAGCACCUGCUCCACAGAUAGUAGAACCAGUUAGACAGCCGAGAGGUCCCCCAUCUUCACUAAAAACGGAGGAAGGUAUGAAAAAUUAUUACGUAGCAGAAUUCUUAAAAGAUUUAGGUAUACUUAAUAAGAAUGAUUUAGAUGCAGAUUACCCUGUAAAACCUUUUCAAAGACCUCGCUCAGAACGAUUAUAUUCAUCAAAUCAAAAUGCUAGAAUAGAUAGAAUAGAAUCGAAAAUAGAUGAAAUCGGUCAAAUGACAUCUCAAUUCGGGAGGAUGAUGCUCGAUAAUCAAUCCAAAAAACCUGUAGCUAAAUCAAAUUUUACACGUUACUAUCCCCAGCUUCCAUCUACACGAUCCCAAUACACGCCCCCAACUUCAGAUAAUGAGGAAGAUAAUAAUAGUGGUUAUGAUGAAGAAAAUAAUAGCCAACCUGAAACGUAUGAUGAGCUAAUCCCAAAGCUUUCACCAGCAAUGCGUAAAAUGUGCUUGUCCCGAAAGGCUCCGGAAAAGGAAUCAGAUAAGUGGUUUUCAUCUCUACAAUAUCUGAAUGCAAAUAUAAAUGAUUUAGCGAUUUCUGAAUCUUUUUUAGAUCCUGGAAGUGAAUUUGGUGGUAUAAAUGACCCGGCAAUUAAGGCGCUUGGAUGGAAGGCAGAUAAGCCAUCAGAUUUUGCUAUAAAGGGCAAUUCCAAGCAUAUCACUGAUUCAUUAGGAUGGUACACGGAUGUGCCAGUUACUAUGAAGGAUGAAGAGGGCAAGACUGUCACGGUCAUUGGAAAUUUUGUACGUAUAGAUAAUGGCGAACCUGAACCAAUGCUAUUUUUAGGUAUGUCUAAUAUUCGAAAGCUCCAAGGUGUUCCCGAGCCAAACAAAAACCAGUUCCGCAUAAAGUUACAUGGGAAGACCUAUGUUAUUCCAACAUUUAGCAAGGCCCCGGUAGCUAAGGAUCCGCCAAAAGAGGAGCAAGAACAAGCAUCUACCGAUUUUUCUAGCCCGACUGGUGAGAAAGAUUUAAAAAAAAGUGCGUAA